AUGGCUAGUGCUGAGAAGAAAAAUAUCGACCCAGACCUGAUCCAAGCCAGCAGGACGUUGCCGCAAGAGCAUACAGCCAUGAGGCGAGCGGUGGACGCUGUGGAUCUACUGACCAAAGCUGUUAAAGACAUUACAAGCAUCCAGCGAUCUACCAUCGUCUCCCACAGUCUCCAGCUAUACCAAGUCUGGAUCCAGCAGUUCCUACACCUCGGCAGUACCACGCACGGUCUACAACUCGCUCACCUGUGCUGCGAGGUCGCCGCUCAUGUGUCUGACAGUGAAGCUUACAUCCGAUCAGCCACUAUUCUCAUCUACCAUGCACAUAGCCACUGCGAAGACAUAGCCACUCUCAUCUCGCGGUGUGUGCCGUUGUGUAGCGCUGUGGACUACGGAAUAGUGGCUAUUUUCUUGGCCACUACUGCGAUGUACUACUACCGAUGCGGGUCGACCGGUAUAGCGGCGAGACUUCUUCAAGCGGUGCAGGCGAACACGCUGCGAGCCUUGCAAGAGAACCCCGAUGUCAACCGUUAG